AUGCAUGACAUUCUAGGUGGAUUAAACCCUUCAGAAAGAAUCAUGAAUGGCAUCAUUGUCAACACACAACCAACCACUAACCUUCCUUUCUCAAAACCAAAUAACAGAUUAUUCCCUACUAAAGGAAGCAUACCAAUUUUCGACACUAGCAUUAUGCUGACUCUAACUCACUUCCUUACAAGGAAUCAAAUCCCGAUCGGAGCAACUCUAGAAAAGCUUUUAUUUGGAAGAAUAACUGUUAUUAAUGAUGAGAUUACAAAAGGGUGUGAGUUGAAUUCGGAGAUUAUUGGUAAAGCGCAAGGUUUUCAUUUGGUUAGUUCUUUGGAUAGAAGCAGCCAAACCAUGGCAUUUAUAGCUUUGUUUGGUGAUGAAGGUCAUGAAGAUGAUGAUGCUAUUAGUUUCUUUGGAGUUCAUAGAAUGGUUACACAUGAAUCCUAUAUUGUUGUUGUUGGAGGAAGUGGCAAAUAUGAAAAUGCAAGAGGGUAUGCGAAAAUUGAGACGUUACAUUUACAUUAUGAUCAACACAAAAGUACUAAUGGGAUGGAAACACUUUUUCAGAUUACUGUCUAUUUAUGA